AGAAUAAUUGCUGAAGAUCUGAUUUGUAAGAGUACGGUUUUACCCUCGUUGAGCUCCGACCGUAGCCGCGGUAUUGAGGUGAUGCUGAAGGCGUUCCCAUGUGCCGACAUCAACAUUGUGUCGUCAGCAUACAGGAUUUCCUUUGUGAUGACGUAAGGUUUCCGGCAUUCUUCCUGCAUGUCUGUCUUCAUUUCGGUGUCCGCGGCCUCCAUUUGCACCGACAUCACGAUGAUGAACAGAUAAGGAGAUAGCGGGCAGCCUUGUGCUAUACCUGCAUUUUGUGGCCGCUGAGAGGACUUGGCUUGCCCGUCUUUGGCAACAAACUUACGCGCAGUGUAGAUUGCCUCAACCAUAUCGACCACAGGUGCGGGGAUCCCAAAUUGACGUAAGGCGUGUAGUAAACAAUUAGGCUUAAUCCGGUCAAACGCUUUGCUCCAGUCAAGCAGUAGUAUUGACAACUCCCUAUGCUUAUCCUCCAGCGUGGCGUCGAUGAGUCGGCGCGCCAAGAAUAGUGCAUCUGCUGUGCCAUACUGUGACUCCCGCAGGCGCUGUUCUACUCUUCCGGUCUUGAGCCUAUGUAGUAAAACACUUGCCAAUACUUUGUACCCAACGGCCAAAAGAGAAUUCGGGCGAUAAUUUUGUGGCUGUGAUGUGUCUCCGUUUUUGAACACUGUCACAAUUGAAGCCUCCCGCCAUUCUUCUGGAAUCUGUUUUUGUUGCCAGCAACUGUCGCAGAGCUCUCUGAUGAUGUCCAAGGCGUAGUUGUUCGACCAUAAGACUUGCCACACAUCUGGAGGAACACCAUCGUUCCCGGCUGCUCCUUGAACACGCAGAACCUUGACUGCCCGGCGUACUUCUUCCAACGUGACGGGUCCAGUAUUGAUGUGUAAAUGCGCCGCGUGGUUUUCAACAUCAGGAAGUUGUUCGGGACCUUCGUACAAUUUCCAGUGUUCUUCUUGCAGAUAAUCUGCCAUUGUCUCUGCUUUCUUUUCUGCGUCCACCAAAUCCCCGUGUUUGUCACGUAAUCGCCCGUGACGUGUUUGUUUCUUCCGGAGAGAACGAACCGCUUGCCAGUCUCCAUGCUCGAUCGCUUCGUUCAGCCAGUGCUUCUUGUCAGCGCGCGCAGAUACGUGCACCUGCUUGUUGAGCUCUUUUAUAUCUUCGCGGUUGCCCUGCAUUCGCGCAGCAUUCCUUUGCGCAAUGAGAAAUAAAGUCCGCGAUGAUAUCCAUGGCCUGUGCGGCGUGGCGGAAAGGAGCGGCACGUGAUCCGAAGCAGAAUCCAUCAUACAUUGGGCAAUCGUUGUUGCUUUACUCUGUAAUGAAUGGCAAGGACGCUUAUUCCCCCAAUUGUUGAUGAAGCCAUCAACGUAUUUCUUGGCGAUAGGCUCGCUCUGCAAAGAUUUCCAAUCAUAGCGGGGAGGUCGCCGGGCUCGUUCAGCAAUAGGUAUCGCAAUGUUCAGAUCGACAAUGCAUGCGAAAUGAUGAGACUGCAAGGCCCGCGUCCGGUCACACCAGAUAUGCUGGAUAUUGGAGAGCCACUUGCUGUCAACGACGACGUGGUCAAGUUGUUCAAAUUUACCCGGCUCGAUCGGGCGACGCCAAGUCCGACGCCAAAUCCGACGUCAAGCCCGACGCCAAGUCCGACGCCAAGCCCGACGCCGAGCCCGACUCCAAGUCCGACGCCAAGCCCUCCGACGCCGAGCCCGACUCCAAGUCCGACGCCAAGCCCGACGCCAAGCCCGACGCCAAGUCCGACGCCAAGCCCGACGCCAAGCCCGACGCCAAACCCGACGCCGACCCGACGCCGAGCCCGACGCCAAGCCCGACGCCAAGUUUGACGCCGACGCCAGGUCCGUCGCCGACGCCAGCACCGACGCAUGCGCAGGUGGCCGCCGUCGGCGACCCACACCUGCAGAAUAGGUCAGACCAGGCGCAGCCCGGAGGCUUCCACUUCAACACUCGCGGCGCGCGAGACAACAAGCCGAUGUGGGUGAACUUCGGGCCGGUGGAGCUCAAAGUCGUCCACUGUCACACUGGCGAGGGGCAGCAGUAUCUGAACGUCUACCUUAAGAGCCUUCGGCGUGCUGGGUUUCAUGUCGGAGGGCUGCUGGGCGAGGAUGAUUGCACGGAGGCUGCGACGCCCGAGGCAGGGUGCCAGAAGACGAUGUCCCUAUCGGCGGGUCUGGAUGGUCAAGCUGCGCAUCGACAGGGCUCCACCGCAAUCGGUUAUUGAGCCCGCCUGCCCUGCCGUGGUGCAGGAUUAUAAAAUACCAUAAAAUUAGGUGAGCGCCCUCGCGGCUGGACCUGGAUUUUGGCCAGAUCCUCCGUAAUCUACGGCGCCUCCAGCA